AUGCUCACCUCGAAGCCCACGAUCAUUCUAGUUCAAGGCUCCUUCCAGACCCCGCUCGUUUAUGAGCAACUCAGAACCGGCCUUCACAACGCGGGAUAUCCCGUCGUCCACCCCAGACUCCCCAGCAUCUGCACCGACAUGAACGACAGUGAGUUUCUUUCUUGUACACUAAAAGACGAUGUAGACGCUGUCACUACAGCCCUUAAACACCUCGUCGAAGAAGAGAAGAAAUCAGUGGUGGUUGUGAUGCACUCCUACGGUGGCAUCGUGGGCACCGAAGCAAUCCCCAAGCACCUCACCCACGCGGCGCGGCGCGCCCGGGGACACCAAGGGGGAGUCCUCCACCUCUUCUACUUUGCUGCCUUUAUCCUGCCCGAAGGUAAAUCCGUACUCGAGGCCUUCGGAGAGUCUCCGAUCAAUGACGUGCAGCCAGAUGGCAGAUCCCGAUUGGAGAACGGCGCCCAGACAGUGUACGGCGACCUCCCGGCUGCGGAGGCGGCGCUAUGGGAAUCGCGCCUCGUCCCCCAGUCGUACGCGGUGCAGACCACGUGCACGACCCGGGCGGCGUACGAGUACCUGCCUUCGACCUACCUGGUGUGCGAGGGGGAUCAAGCAGUCCCGCCGAGUUUUCAGGAGGGGUUUGCGGGGCUGGCCCGCGCGGAAGUGGAUCGGUGCACCGCUGGCCACUCGCCGAUGCUGAGCCAGCCGGCUAUGUUGGUGGGGAAGAUUGCUGCGGUGGUGGAUCAGGCGGGCGCGGCGGCGGCGGGGUCGAGCUUGUAG